AAAAUUUUUGGGACUCGAGAAACCCCCGCGGUAAACAUUCGCGUUGUCCCUUAAACCUCACAACGCUUCAGCAUGCCUCCUUACGAAAGCGAGUCCUCCGAUGAGGGCGAGGACUACACCGAGACAAACGUUCUGCUCGGCUAUGCCACCAAGGAUGCUACAGGCGACGCCAUUUCUCACAUUGGUGGCGCACCUAACUGGAUAGACGACAAGACAGCACCACAUGGCUCGCUCGCAAAAUGCAAAGUCUGCAACGGGCUUCUCAGCCUCCUGCUUGAGCUCAACGGCGAUCUUCCCAACCACUUCCCCGGUCACGAACGAAGACUGUACAUCUGGAGCUGCAGGCGCAAGGCAUGCAGGAGGAAAGAAGGAAGUGUGAGAAGUAUUCGUGGAGUGCGCAUUCCGAAGGGCGCAUCCGCCAGGGCAAACGCGAAGCCAGAGAAGAAAAUAGUCGAGCAAGAGGAAGAAAAGCUGCAGCCCAAGAUCGGAGAGUCGUUGUUCGGCGUGAAGAACAGCACGAGCUCGACGGCACCGGCAAACCCAUUCUCGAACCCGUUCUCUUCCAACUCGAGUAGCGCCGCACCUGCGAAUCCAUUUGCUUCGUCAGGCGGCGCAAACCCAUUCGGCGCGCUGGCAGCUGCACCACCUACACCUGCAAUCGAAGUAACAUCCGAGGAGAAGAAAGAUGAAGCGUCUACAACGCUCCCUGAGACUUUCGCACAGAAAGCGCGCAUCUCUACUCCAGCAACAACCACACCACAAGCUCCACGACCCCACGAGCCCUGGCCAGCAGAGUCAGCAUUCCCCACACCAUUCCCCAACUACUCGCUCGAUGCCGAGUACGAGACCCUCUCCGCCGAAGCACCCAUAAUCCCACAGAACGUGCGGAUGAUGGACAUCGACGAGGGCGGAUCCAGCAGCGGAGGCAAAGAAGACAAAGAGAUAUACGAGUCCGCACACGAUGCCACGUUCCAGAAGUUCGCAGACCGCAUUGGCCAGAACCCGGAGCAGAUCCUGCGCUACGAGUUUAAGGGAAAGCCGCUGCUGUACAGCGACACAGACACCGUCGGCAAGGCUCUCGCGCACCACUCCGAGAACGGUACCUCGAGCAAUGCGAAAGUGCAGACGGCAGGCAGGGGCGCAGCGGGUAUGCCCAGGUGCCAGAACUGCGGUGCCGAAAGGGUGUUUGAGGUCCAGCUCACGCCGCACGCCAUCACUGAGCUUGAAGUAGAGGAAAUGAGCAUCGAUGGUAUGGAAUGGGGCACAAUUGUCAUGGGUGUUUGUAGCAAGGACUGCAAGCCUGCUGAUGUUGAAGACGGGCAGAUUGGGUAUGUCGAGGAGUGGGCUGGUGUGCAGUGGGAGGAGGUUGCAUCAAAGAAAUGAGCCCAGACUCGGCAGGGCGCUUGAAAUCAUCCAGCAACUUUUGAGUCGGCCCCCCCGCGUCGCUUUGAACAUGGCGCUCACAGUAGACACCGUGUGCUUGUAAAUCCAUGUCCGCGUCCUGGUUCACGUUUGGGCCUAUGCGUGCAUCAUGACAUAAUGCCCGGAGCAUUCAAUACAACCAGCUCCCCUUAGAUUCCUC